UAUUUUUCAUUGAUAGAAGGGGCAACCGCCAUUCUACGUGAAACCAAUGUCGGAAGAUGUUCUCAGAACGAUUACACCGUAAACAUUUGUCUGUAUCCAGGCAGUUUAUCACAUCAUGCCUUGCUGCUUUCCUCGGACCUUUCUCGUUUGGUUACAUCCUGGGAUAUAGUUCUCCUGCCAUUGCCGAAUUACUAAAGAGUAAGUUCCUACACGAGCAACAAGCUGCAUGGUUCGGUUCUAUGGUAACCAUCGGAGCCAUGCUGGGUGGACCCAUCGCGGGUUGGUUUGUGGAGAAACACGGACGAAAAUAUACAAUGAAUUUCAUAUCAGUACCGUUAAUUGUUGGUUGGUGUCUCCUCAUUGCUACUUCUAACGUUAUUUUGUUUUAUUUGAGCCGCAUUGUUAGUGGUAUAGCCAUUGGAAUGACCUGUGUUGUCUCGCCCAUUUACAUAGCUGAAAUUUCAACCAGAUCUCUACGUGGAAUGCUUGGCUCAAGUGUUCAGCUCAGUAUCACAGUUGGCAUUUUUGUGGCGUAUAUCCUAGGAAUGUAUAUGGAUUAUAUACAAAUGGCUAAGUUCGGAAUACUUUUUCCAUUUCUUUCCUUAUUUUUUACGUUAUCAAUGCCGGAAACCCCUCGCUGGUUACUCUACAAGGGCCGUCGAGUCGAAGCCAUCCAAGCACUGACCAAACUUCGAUCUGUCAACUGCGAUGUCGAGGACGAAAUUCGUGAUAUUGAAGAAGGAUUAGACGUACAAGAUAUAUCCUAUAGAGAUAUGUGGAGAAAACCUGAACUUUCCAGACCAAUCUUUAUUUCCCUAAGUCUAAUGAUUCUGCAACAACUUACUGGUAUUAAUGCCGUUCUCUUUUAUGCUGUUCCAAUAUUUAAAGAAUCUGGUUAUGAAAAUCAAAGUUACCUUGCAAGUGCCAUUAUUGGAGCCACACAGAUCCUAUUUACAUUCUUUGUUUCCCAAAUAAUGGAUCGUGUUGGACGCCGUAAAUUGUUAAUAUGUGGAGGAUUGAUUCUAAGUUUUUCUUGUUUUAUACUCGGAUCUUACUACGCUUUGAAAGAACACAAUUAUCUUGUAGCGAAUAAUUUGAAGACUCUUCCUCUAAUCAGUUUAGUUGUGUUUAUUGCAAGUUUUUCUAUUGGAUGGGGGCCAAUUCCAAUGCUUAUUAUGUCCGAGAUUUUCCCAUCUCAUGCUCGGGGCAAAGCUAGUGCCCUUUCAAUAUUUACCAGCUGGUUGUUUGCAUUUAUAGUCACCAAAGAAUUUAUUACAGUGAAAGAAAGCUUUGGGCCAGCAGAAACAUUCUGGUUGUUUUCCGCUUUUUCUUUUGCUGGGGUUUUUUUCGUGUGGUUUGUGUUACCCGAAACAAAAGGGAAAUCUCUUGAGGAAAUUGAAUUAUAUUUCCUCGGUAGAAGUAUGUUAAAAAAAUAGCCUCUGGUGUAAUAAUUCAUUUGUUCAUUAUUUUAGCCUGCAAUUUCUUCAUUCGGUGAAUAUUUACAUACUUUAAGGGACUCAUGAGCUAGUUCACCCCCGACCCAGGUCGAAAUUUCUCUUUAAUAUUCCCUACUGUAUUUCUUUAUAACUUUCUCAAUAAUGCAUAUUUUUUAAUGAAAUUUAGCUGGGAUAUGUUAUCAAGGAUUUGAAUUACGAUUAUGUCGGCAAUUUUAACCCCAUCCUUUUUUAAAAGGAAUUUUAGAACAUUCUUCUCUCCUGCCGACUGUUUCCUCAUAGCUCUCUUUAAACAUUUUGUAGAAAUACGUUUUCGAGAGUUUACAUUAUAUAAUAUUGAUGCUUCAAACAUACCUGGUUUAAAAAGUUUUCUAAAAAUGCUAAAAUUAUGGAAAUUAGUACCAACAAACGGUACCGAGUGGGGGAGGAACGGUCCUAAAAUAUUCUUUAAAAUUUUUACUUAAAUUUAAGGACAUAAUUGUAAUCUACACCCGCGAAAAUAUAUUUCGGCAGUAUUUGAAUUUUGAAAAAUAUACACUUCUCAGAAAUUUGUGAAGAAACAAAAUUGGGAGAUGGGGCACCAAUCUGCAUUUAUACCCAUUCUCACUAUUUAUGUUUUUUUUUUCAUUCAGAUUUGCUCUUGAUUUUCUUAGAAAUUGUUUAUAUUUCUUUGAAAGCAAGAAAAUAUUAGGAACUACUUAGAGAGUAUAGAGCUGACCCCAGAACUUUGCUGGUUGUUUAAUAACUUAUUAUUAAUAGUUAGUGUUAAAUUUAAACGCUAUUUGCCAAGUGAUAAAUUAAGCAAAAAAAACAGAAAGUUGAGGUAGUAAGUAAAACUUGUAAGCUAUUUUAGGAACUCUUGGUUAAGCUGUUAACGACAUUCUUUCGGUUGUAGUAUCGAAUCAACACCAGCUGGUCGGGUCAAACACACACCAUGCUAAACAUUUCUUGGUAUUUUUUCCGGUUUUAUAUGCACAACAAGAAAGCUGGACAUUAUUCUAAGCAGUAAUUGACUGGGUAAGAAAGGAAAAUAAUAAUUGAGGUGUUUUUUCUUUUUUUUAAAGGUGGGGAGAAAGUUGUAAAGCUCUUAAAAAAAAUUUUUUUAUCGGGGGUGGGGGGAGAACAGAAAAGAAGGGAGUCUCUUGUUGAAAUAUAUCCAUUUGGACAUUUCCAAAUGGCUUUGAGGUUUCUAGUUUCAGUUUAUGUUCACAAACUAAAUACCUUUUUGUUAAUCAAAUGAAUUUCCACCUACUUCUCAUUAAAAUUAACAUUCUUAUGAGUAUUGCUACUUUUCGGGGGGGGGGGGGUAUUUUCCAUUUUGAUCAUAAAUUUCAUUGAUAAGUAUUCUUUGAUUCCUUUUUCUCGUUGAUGCUGUAAUUUUAUGAAUAUUUGAUAUUAGAAUAUUCAUAAAAUUACUAGAAAUAUCAACAGGAAAAAUGAAAAUUAAUUUGAUCAAGAAAAUUUAGGAACCAAAAUGUUCAGCCUCACACAGUUCUCUACCUUUCAUCAGCUGUUUAAUUAGAGAUUGGCUACCACAUCAACUCUGCUAAGUGGUCAGAAAUCAGUGCAGAAUGACUGGUUACAUAGAUUUGAAGGGUUUUUUUUUGUGCUUUUUUUUCCCCCCAGAAUUUUCCCAAACACACACAUUCAAGAUUGUAUAUGUCGAGCAGUAGCAACAAAAGUAUAAUUACUGGACAACUACUUAAUGCACACGUAUCUCCCCCCCCCCAAUCUCAAUGCUAAUUUCAACCUCAUCUCACAACUACAACUUCCUCCUUUUUUCUCUUUUCUCAUUCUCACUCCCCCAAUGCAGUCAUACACUUUACAUAUACAUUUGUUCUUUGAUGGAGUAAAUUACAAAAAAAAGAAAAAAAGUAAAUACUGACUCGAGUUGCAGGACCCCCUAAAGCA